AUGAUCUCGUUACAAGAAACUUUGAACCUUAACAACAAAGCAGUGGCACUGUACCAAUCCAAUGAUAUGGGCGGGGCUGCCAAGGCAUACUACGAGUCACUUUGUCUCGCCAAGGAAUUGUUGACGUGUACUGCUCCUCGUCGUCAAGGAAGUGGUGUGAACUACCAGACCCCAGCACCGCUUGCCACUACUCUGCCGCAGCAUGAAUGCUUUCAUACUUCAACUGAGACAUCCAUCAACACCCCCAUACAAGAAAAGUUCUUUUUGUAUCGAAGCGCAUUGCUUUUGCAAGAAGCGCCCUCAUCAUUUGUUGGUGCGGAGCAUCGUGUGCAAUCCAUGAAUAUCUACUGUGCUGGAAUCUUGUUUAACACGGCCAUACUGCAUCACCAAAAGUCGAUCAAGACUGGAAUAUCGGCAUACAUGCAUCGAGCAGAGCAGCUUUACCAAGCAAGCCUUCAGCUCAUUGUGGGGCUUCCACGGUCCAACGAUACGUUGACCCUUAUUGCAUUUGCAGUCAGUAACAACUUAGCUCAGAUCGAGUUUGAGAAGGGACUGGUGAUGCAAGCGAGUGAAAGACUACGAUUCCUAGUACAUCUAUUCUGUUCAUUGGAAAAUACGGCUGGACGAGUCUUCGCGGUUGACGGGUUUCAUGGAAUGCUAUCUAACACACUGUUGGCAAACGGCAUGUCUUCGUCACCAGCUGCCUAA